AUGAAAAAACAUAAUCGUGCCCUCUGUUGUCUGUUUGGCUUUGUACUGCUCUACAAUUUCUUAUCCUGGAGUAAAACCAUGCUACUCUCGAGUCAGACUGAGACCAGUGGACCUAAAAGCCCAGAGUACAACAUCACCAUCCUCCUGUGGCACUGGCCUUUCGGAGUUCGCUACAGACUGGAGAGAGGCGACUGCAUGGAUAAAUAUGAAAUCCCCAGAUGCUUUCUGGAGGAUAACCGAUCUCUUUUCGCUCAGGCAGAUGUUGUAGUCUUCCAUCACAAUGAGCUCUGGACUGGCCACUCCAAACUGCCUCUCCAACUUACGCGUCCACCAACGCAAAAGUGGCUUUGGUUAUCGCUGGAACCUCCUAUGAACAACCACAAUCUCAGCAACUACAACAGUUUGUUCAACUGGACAAUGAGUUAUCGCCGUGACGCUGACAUCUUCAUGCCAUACGGAGAGCUUGUUUCUAAAAGGUCUAAUGCCACAUACACUAUUCCGAUGAAGAGCGAAUGCCUAGUUUGCUGGGUGGUCAACAAAUACAAAGCCAAUCAGAGUCGCUCUCUAGUUUUCAAGCAGCUGAAGAAACACAUUCCAUCAAAACUAAUAGAAGUAUACGGUCGGUGGCCCAAGCGGCUGCUCUCAAACAAAAAGCUGCUUUCCACAAUAUCUCGAUGUUAUUUCUACCUUGCCUUUGAAAACUCAGUAUCCACAGACUAUAUCACAGAGAAGCUGUGGCGAAACUCGCUUCAGGCGGGGAGUGUGCCGGUGGUGCUCGGCCCACCGAGGAACAUUUAUGAACUAUCAAUUCCACCAGAGUCAUUCAUCCAUGUAAAUGACUUCAGCAGCAUUAAG